AUGCCAUAUCGGAGUCGCCAUGGUCGCCGCGUGGGGUCUGCACCGCCGAUGAGGUGCUAUCGAGCGGGCACGUGGAAAGAGUAUAUCAAUACACCGCUAGAGCGCAACGAGGAGGAUGAGGCCAAACUACAACAAAUCGAACAACGUCGCGGCAUUCUCAGUCAAGCAGAACUGCAACUUCGCGAUGAAAUCAUGUCUAGGGAAGCCGAUCGCCGGGACACCAAAUGCGCAGCUCUGAGAAGAGAGAUCGAGUCGUAUUUUGACAAACCUGAGCCCUUUCCGCCGCCGCUGCCACGAUCAAGUUUUUGGCUGGAACACACCUAUCCUCAUAACUAUCAAAUUGAGCACAUACGAAUGUUCUAUCUAGCCUGCCAAGAGGGGAGACUCAAGGACGUUCAGGAAUGGGUGAGGGACAGGCGAGAUUUGCUCGGAGCGGUUGGACUGCAGGAUGGACUGGACGUAGCCGCCAUGGGUUCCCAAGUUCAUGUUGUCCGAUACUUCAUAGAGGAAGUGGGUGUUAGUAUUACAGCUGCUGCUGUGAGGUAUGCGUGCAAGAACCAGUCUUUUGCUCUUUUUGAGCUAUUCCUAAAGCACGGAUACCACCCGAACCAGCAAAUACCAAGUAAUUGCGGCCACUUUGGGACAGCUCUGCGCCACUGUCUUGGGGCUGACGAUAUCACGCGUCUUCUCCUCGAGAAUGGGGCUGAUCCAAACGCAGCGCGUAUGGACGGCCAUAGUCAUAUGUGGGGUCAGCAGUCGACUGUUCCUAUGGACAGGACGUCUGGUUUGCUGUUGGACAUGACUGUUGAGAAACACAGCUUCGCGGUCGUCAAGCUUCUUCUUGAGCACGGCGCCGAUGUGAGAUAUUCCCGACCACUGGCACGAGUAGUCCGCUACCGCGGUGAGUACCUUCGUUCUCUGGGUUUGGAUGAUGACUGGCGACCGCUCAUGGAGAUGUUGUUGAGCUAUGGUGCAGAUAUCAACGCAGUAUCAUAUGGUGGUGGUACAGCUCUUUCAGCAGCCGUGCACCGCGGGCGAUGGGAGGUCGUUGAGUUUUUGAUUCAGAACGGUGCAGAUGGAAGAGCUGUUACUCCAGUGACGAAGGAAGAUUCUUUCGCUGUUGCCGCCAAGUGUGCUAAGGUGGAAUGGGAGGUUACAGAACAGCUUAAGGAGUCCUUGGAUUGCCUCUGCGACUUGGAUUCCAGUUCGGUUGCGAGUCAUAUGCUCCCUCCCGGGGUAGAUCAAAAUCCUCUAGUCAAAAUACUACUGAAAGUAAAGACUAGAAGAGACGAGGCAAGCGGACAAGACGAUGGCAAAUAG